GUGACUGUGGCUAAGCUUGCAGUGUUGUCAUUCGUCGGAGCUCUCUUUGAGUCGUGCUAUCACCACAGUUCACGCAGAAAGUGCCAACACGCCAUCUGCAGAUGGAUAAAACCCUGGACGCGCAGUUUCUGCGGGUAGAGAAGGCCUUGGCUACUCUCGUUGCUUCCAUCUCAACAUACAAUCCCAAUCCCGUCUUGGCUCACGAUCUCGUUGCUGCCGAUCAAGAACUGAGCCAUGGUUUGGCCGACUUAGCCACACAUCAAGCCAACUACGCACGCAUCCAAUCCCUCAAGAACACUUCUUCCGACCUUGACGCGCAGAUAAAGGGAUCCCUCCAGCUCCUGUCGUCCACGCGCUCGGAGCUGAUCUCCACGCCCGCAACGACAUUCCCGAGCACCACAACCCCGGUUUCCUACAUCGAUCUACUCUCCUACGCGCGGAGGAUCAGCAAAUUCACCCUCCCACCUACGUACCGUGAGACACAGCCGACCCCCGAACCCGAAGGUACGGGCACUCAGACAAACGGGACCGUCACGCCCACUGCUCCAUCAAAUGGCGCUGUCGUGAAUGCCGCAGAACUGCCAGUAACGCCAAUUCAAGCCGAUACCGAUAAGACCUCUUUACCGCCCCAAAUCUCGGAAUGGCUGAACCCUCAUGCCUCCGCGCCCGGUUUCGUUCCGUGGCCCACGGAGGAGACGAUUCGUCGAGGCGCGCUAGCGAGCAUACAGGUUCUCAUUGACCAGGGCGAAGACCCGGCAACGUUUGACCCAGAACGCAGCGCGGAGUUGGAGGCGUCACGGAAAAGAUUGGAAGAGGAGGCCGAGCGGGCGAAGGAGGAGCAACGAGAAGCAGAGAGAGCAAGGCAGGAGCAGCGCAUGAGAGAGGAGUACGUGCGGAGGGAGGCCAUGGGUGCGGCUGGUCAGAAGGUGGAGGAGAAGCCAAAGGUUUUUACUGGAUUAGAUCUGUUGGAUGAUAUGGAUGAUGAUGAUGAAUAGAGGUUUAUAGGGAAUAGAAUG